CCAAUGGAGAAAACUAGACUCAUCGGCUUAGUGAAGACAGACGGGGAGCGACAACAGAAAAAAGUCAGGUUUCGAGUAUCUUCUGCAAACAGUGGACGAGUGCUGAAAGAAGUGUAUACCGAUGGAAACCUGGUGAACUCCCAAGUGUCAGAAUGUGCCAGCAAUUCUGAGACAGAGCAAUGCAGUAGCCACAGCGAAGUGAAUGGAUAUAAUGGGCAGCAUUUCGCUUUGGAAACUGAUGGCAGUGAAAGUGAAUGUGAUGACUUGCUUCUGUUGGCAAAUGCCACCAAAGACAGAGGAAUCUUUAGAAAGAGAAUUAAUAUCUUAAGUAAAAAUGGUACAGUGAGAGGGGUCAAACAUAAAGUCAGUGCUGGGCAAGCACUUUUCGGUAAUUUAUCAAAUGGUGCUGUUCAGCCACCACUAACACUAGAAUUUGGAAGAAUAGUAAUCUACACAACUAGCCUUCGUGUUGUGAGGACAACAUUUGACCGCUGUGAGAUAGUGAGGAAAAUUUUCCAAAAUCACAGAGUAAAAUUGGAAGAGAAAAAUAUUGCUUUGAACAGUGAUUAUGGAAAGGAGCUAGAAGAGCGUUGCAAGAGAGCUAAUGAAUCACCUUCCUUACCUGUGGUGUUCAUCGAUGGUCAUUACCUUGGGGGUGCAGAGAAAAUAUUGUCAAUGAAUGAAUCAGGGGAGCUACAAGAUCUCUUAACAAAGAUUGAGAAAGUCCAACACCCACAUGCGUGUUCAGCCUGUGGUGGAUUUGCAUUUGUUCCAUGCUCAGUGUGCCACGGGAGCAAGAUGUCAGUGUUUCGAAACUGCUUCACCGAUUCCUUUAAGUCCCUCAAGUGUACUUCUUGCAAUGAAAAUGGAUUGCAGCAUUGCACAUUCUGCAAAACGAAUUCCAUACCAUCAACAAGAAUAACACCAGAGUAAUGUUUGUCAUGGCUCAACAAUAAAUGGACUUAUAAAAAGUGUGCUUCUCGAUCUUAUUUCUAGUGCACCAACAUGUUGGUUGUUAAAAGUCCCAAAUGCCAUUCUCCGCUUAGCUGGAAGUGCAACAUGAAUGUUCCAUUCCUGAAAUUAAAUUUGACGUGAUCCUAGAAUAAAGUGGGCCAACUCUAGCUUCUCCUGUUGUUUUCUCAUUCCACAAAAUGUUAAAAGGCACCAUUGGUGACCACAAGUUCUAUUGAGUGAAGCCAGCAGAAUGAUGGAAGUAUAUAUACAGAUAAAGCAAAGAAACUAUAA